GCAAGGUUGGUAGUAGUGGCUUUUGACAAGAAAUCGGCAUCUGCCAGCAUUCCUUUUUCGUGUUGCAUGUUGUGAAGCACGUGUGAAAAAUGAGUUCUCUCAAGUUACAAAAGAGGCUGGCAGCCUCAGUAUUGCGUUGCGGCAAGAAAAAAGUAUGGUUAGAUCCCAACGAGAUCAACGAAAUUGCCAAUACUAACUCCAGGCAGAACAUCCGGAAACUCAUCAAAGAUGGGUUGAUCAUUAAGAAGCCUGUGGCGGUCCACUCGAGGGCUCGCGUCCGCAAAAACACCGAAGCUCGUAGAAAGGGGCGACACUGCGGUUUUGGAAAAAGGAAAGGUACCGCCAACGCUCGUAUGCCCCAAAAGGAAUUGUGGAUCCAACGAAUGAGGGUGCUGAGGCGUCUGCUGAAGAAGUACAGGGAGGCGAAGAAGAUCGAUCGUCAUCUGUACCACUCGCUCUACAUGAAGGCUAAGGGAAAUGUCUUCAAGAACAAGAGAGUCCUGAUGGAAUACAUCCAUAAGAAGAAGGCUGAGAAGGCCCGUGCCAAGAUGCUGUCUGACCAAGCCAAUGCCAGGAGGCUAAAGGUGAGACAAGCGCGCGAAAGGAGAGAAGAAAGGAUCGCCACCAAGAAGCAGGAAGUUCUACAGAACUACCAGAAGGAAGAUGCAGCAGCAUAAACAGAACUGUUGCUGCUGCAUCUUCCUGAGAUCAGUUGAAGAACCAGACUUCUAGUGUGGUGAUUUUUCCAAUCUUUGGACUUAGUUUAUAAAAUAAAACGUUAUAAGACUUG